AUGCUGGGUGCUCCUCAAUCUUCAAUGGCAAGUCCACCACCCGGAAUAGGCAUGAGCUUGGACAGUGCAGAGGAUGCUGAUGCUGUGGAGGAUCCCUAUGAUGCGGUUGAACUGCCACCAGUUGCACCACCAGACACCAAUUCAGAGGGUCUCAUGGAUGUUGAUGCUGAAGACCAUAGUGAAGGCCAUUCAGAACCUGGUUUAGCUGUGGAAGAUGACACUGAUGAUGACAGUGACAAGGCCUACCAACCCUCAUCCGACUUGGAGGAUAGCAGUACCCACAAUCUCACAGAGGCUGAUGCAGCUGAACUCACAGCAUUCCAUGAGUGGAAGAGGGUGCAAAUGAUUGAUCAGAAGAAGACUAUAGCUCGACACAAGCAAGCACUAAAGGCGGAGAAGGCUAAACAUAUUGCAAGGGAGUCAAUCAAUGCAGUACACAAAGUCCCUCCCACUGUCAUUGGAGUGUCAAAGGGAAGGAUUGCUGCUAAGCAUAAAGAAACUAGCUCUUUAGAUGAUAGAGUCGAGCCUCAAAAGUGUAGUAAAGGGAGCACUGUCGGAGGAUUGGCCAAGAAUUGGGAGGCAGUAUAUAUGCAGCCUGGUGCCUUGGCAUCUACUACUUUCAUGGAUGGUGCUGCUGAGACCCAGUUCAACCAAGGUGGAGUCUUAGAAAAAGAGGAAGCACACAAAGCCACAUUGGCAGCCAGGGCAGCGAAAGGUGGCCAUAAGAGUGAAAUCAAGAAAGAGCAUGAAGUUGUUCUACAACCUGCAGCAGUGGCUGAAAUCAACAAGAAGGAGCAUGAGAAGAAACCAGCAAAAGCAUGGACUCAGUGGACUAAUAAGGACUUACCUCUCUCCUCUCAUCAUCUCCAGACCUGGCAGCAAAAGGUCAUCCCUCACAUCAUCGACUGGAGCACAACCCUUAGUGACUCAUUUGCCUCGAACAAUCAUCCUGAGUUCAAGAAUGUGGUUGCCCAAGAAUGGAUCCGAUUCUUCGAGAACCUACAAGAAACUGUGCAGUAUGAAGGAAAAACCAUCAAGCGAGUAGAUCAUCCACCCAUCUAUCAUGUGGCAAUGUCUGCUAUGCAAACCUAUAGGAGAAAAAUUGGGAAGUAUGCCAUGGCUUGCAUGGAUAACCUUUGGCUUCAGGAAGACAUGAAGCAGUACAAUACAGUUGAGAGUUGA